AUGGAUAUCGCUUUGAGUCUGGCUAAUCACCACGGCAGCAACUAUCCCAGUGUGCUGGUUCGAGGAAAUGAUUUGAGCCCAAUCCAACCUUUCUUUGUUCCACCAAAUUGCACUUUUGAGGUUGACAACUUCGAGGAAUGGAAUUUGCCGUACAAAUUCGAUCUCAUCCAUGGACGGGAGUUGGAUGGUUCAAUCUCCAACUGUGAAGAACUGUGCAGAGGAGCUUUUGAGCAUUUAAAACCUGGUGGAUACUUCGAACUCAAAUCACUUGAGCACGGCUUCCUCUCAGUUGACGAGACGCAUAAAAAAGCCGUACACGCACUUGAAUGGCAACAGCAUGUCAUAGAGGGCCGAGAUAAACUGAAAAAACCUUUCUGCGGAGCAACGACCUGCGCACAGGGGAUGAAAAACGCUGGCUUUGUCAAUAUCAAAAUUCAAAAAUUCAAGGGCCAUGGGAAGAAGGCAAUAAACUGA